UAAAGGAAGCACGACUCCUUAUCACGUCAUUCCGUGUUCAGGCGUUCGGCAGGAAACAGUCUUUCCUCCCGGAUAGUUGCUGCGAGAGCGACGCGCUAUUUUCUACUUGCUCAAUGCUCCUCUCCGUCCAGAACCCGCGGAAGCCAGCCAGAAGGAAAAAUGCCUCCUUCUACGGAGAGAGUCUCUCUCACAACUCCUGCGUUGUUUCUCGCCGUUUUUCUCACGUCUCACUGGACUCUCCAUUCGCGUCCCGUCGGCGCGCUCCAGAUUCAACAGGCGUUCACCUCUCCGAAUGAGACAAAUAACUUUGUGGUGGAUGAGGUUUCGCGGAGGGUUUACCUGGCCACGGUGAAUUCGCUUUAUCAGUUAAAUGCCACGCUAGUAACAGAGGUGGAAAACGGCACGGGGCCGGUGAAAGACAGCAUGCUGUGCCAUGCGCCGCAGCUGCCCCAGGCACCGUGUGAACACGCCAAAACGCUCACCGAUAAUUACAACAAGCUCCUUGUUCUGGAUCGCGAGCAAAAGGUGCUUGUGACAUGCGGCUCGGUGUAUCAAGGUUUCUGUGAGCUUCGUAAGAUGGAUAACGUGUCGCAGAUCGCUGUGGAGUUUCCGAAGCCCAACGCAACUGUCUUCCCAAGUAUGCUCAACAUUGUCGCCAAUCACCCCAACGCGAGUACCGUUGGACUUAUCUUUCGGAGUCAAGAAGGUACCCCUCGGUUGCUCGUGGGUGCGACUUACACGGGUAUGGGAACAGAAUAUUUUCCAAAGAACCACAGCAAAGAGGACCUCCGUUUCGAGAACACCCCAGAGAUAGCGAUUCGAUCCUUAAAUACCAAAGACCUUAACCGGCUUUUCACCUACGACAUAAACCCCUCGGAAGACAACGUGUUUAAAAUCAAGCAGGAGGUAAAACCGAAAAACAAACUUAGCUUCGUCCAUGCCUUUACGCAGAAGAGUUACUCCUAUAUAGCCAUAAAUAACGACGCCAACACCGGUUUGAAAGAGAGCCAACCCAACAGUAUACUGGCACGCAUCUGUCUGGAUACAGACGGAACCCGCAAGUCCACUUCGGAGAGCAGAAAGCUCACGGAAUCGUACAUCCAAAUGGGUCUUAAGUGCGGCGCGAACGGGGAUAUUUACAAUCGAAUCGUUUCGGUUUUUCCAGCGGAGAUCAACGUGGAGGACCGCGCGGGUGUGGAGCCUUACCUGUUCGGAGUCUUCACUAAGGCCAACAGAAAGUCGGCGCUGUGCGCGUUCCGAUUUGCGGAUAUUGAGGAGACUAUUCGCCAGGGCCGGCGCAACUGUUCCAACGGACCCAACAGCGACGUUCAGGUGCUGGACAGCGUCAUUCAGGGAUCCGGGGCAGAGUGCGAAACUAAAGUAAAGGUUGUGCUUCAGCCGGAGCUCCUGAACUGCGGCGCCGCUCACCUACAGCACCCGCUGGCCCUACGGAAGCCACUAAGCGCUGCCCCGCUGUACGAAGCGUCCGGCCUCAGCUCCGUCGCGGUGGACAACGUCCACAACCGCACCGUGGUGUUCCUGGGCACCGUCAACGGGAGGCUGCACAAGCUGUCCCUACUGCGGAACCUCUCCGUGGCAAAUAAGUGGUCAUUACGGCUCCCCGCUGGUGAAUCGGUGCAUCACAUUAUGACCUUUGACCCCAAUGACAGAGACUACUUAUACCUCAUGACCACGCACCAUCUCUUAAGGGUCCAAGUGGCUGUGUGUGGCCAGUACACCUCGUGCAGUGACUGCCUCAGUGCCUGCGACGCUUUCUGUGGCUGGUGCACACUUGAAAGCAGGUGUUCCAUUCAGAGGGAGUGCUCCAGUGGUGGGGUUAGCCGCUCGUGGAUUAGCCUGAAGGAGGGGCCACAGCAGUGCCCUUCAAUGACCUUUACUCCACCAGAGUUCAGUACAACCACAGACAUUAAGAAUGUGGGGAUUUUGGUUAAUGGAAGCAUUCCUGACUUGGAAGGUCUUGGUCUCGAAUGUGACUUUUGGGUCAACAUGACAACGGUUGUCACGGGGCACCUGAAUGAUGGCCCUUCCAAAAUUCAGACUUGCCCCUUGCCUUCUGCCGACCAAUUUCCAAAGAUUCCUGUGGAGAGGGACCACAUCUCUGUUCCCGUGGCGAUCAAGGUGAAAGGCAUCUCCGUGGUUUCAGGAAGACUCAUCAUCUAUGACUGUGGAAGGACAGCAGAUAUCCAUCCAAAUACUGCAUGUACGAGCUGUCUGAGCACUAAGUGGCGGUGUUACUGGGACCAGCAGAGCAACGCAUGUAUUUCAGAUAAAGACAACGUCCAGGGUAUGGUACUGGAGAAUGCCGAUGACUGCUCCCAAGUCAUGGACAAGCAGUUCAGCCCUUGGCCUACAGGAAGCACCCAGGACAUCACCCUUUACCUCAGUAAUGUGGAGCAGGGUACAGAGCUAAACUGUGACUUCGGAACUGGGCGGUCGUACGAAGCUCACUGGCUGGAUGGCCGGUCAGCUGUGAAUUGCAUGAGAGUGACACUGAGCACCACAGAGAGAAGUGAGACAUUCCAACUCAGACUUCAGAGGAGAGGACAAGAUAAAUAUAUAGACAGUCCAAAGCCAGUCACAGUGGAGGUAUACAGCUGCAGUGGGGGCGAUAGUGAUUGCUCUCAGUGUUGGGGCCGAGAGCAGCAGGGGCACCUGUGCGCCUGGUGUGACAACAGCUGUCGUCCGCGACAACAGUGCCAGCCAAUCGGACUGCAGUGUCCUGACCCCUCCGUCCACAAGAUCCAGCCCCUGAAUGGUCCGUUAGGGGGAGGAACACUUCUCACGGUGCAGGGAAGGAACCUUGGGCGUGGGUCUGCAGAGGUGAAGGUCACUAUUGGGGAUGUACCUUGCGACCUGCUGCCAGAUCGCUACACUGUUUCAACCGAGUUGGUGUGUAAGACUGGGGCCUCUUCAAAAGUAGCGUCGAACAAGGUUGAAGUCAGAGUUAAUGGAAAUGCAAUGGGUCAUUCAAAGGAGGCCUUUUCAUAUGUGGAGCCCAAGCUGGAUGACCUGAUGCCCAGAUAUGGGCCCCUGGCUGGGGGCACCCGACUCACCAUCAGGGGUGCAUCCCUGAAGGCUGGAUCGGCUGUUAAAGUAAAGGUUAAUGCCACUCAGGACUGUGAAAUUGACAGGCUAUCAGGUGAUGUCAUCGAGUGUGUGAUGCCACGAGCCGUGCCUGAUUUUGCAGACAACGUGACUGUGUGUGUGGAGUAUGACGGCAUGCCAUGUGAGAGGCGUCUCAGCGGCGUGUUCUUCUAUGAAAAAAAUCCCACAAUCAGCACUGUUAAACCUAACAAAAGCUACCUCAGUGGUGGGCGUCUUAUCUCCGUGAUUGGUCAAAGUUUUCAUCUGGUCCAGACAGCCAGAAUGGAUGUGAUGGGCGUUGGCGAAAUAGUUUGCUCUAUCCCAUCGUCUACUCUUAUUCUCUGCCGCUCCCCUGCUGCCGGCCAAUCCCAGCAGGUCGUAGCCCAGUUCUACUUGAAUGGGAUUUUGUACAGAGGGGAUGGCCACACCUCCUCUGGGCUGGCCCUGGAUGAGGAGGAGGAGUCACACGGAGGCCACUUCCUGUUUGAGUAUGUUGAGGACCCUCAAUUUUAUACAGCCAACAAGGAGAAACUUAUCAAGCAUCAUCCUGGAGAACCUCUUACACUUAUCAUAAAUAAAGGACCCAGCGAGCUGGACCUGACCGAGGACGAAUACUCUGUUAUGAUUGGGUCCGAUCGCUGUGACAUCAGCUUCAAUAACAAGCAGAUGUUCCACUGUACCAUCAAUAGAACUCUGAGCUUCAGGACCGGUGACCUGCCCGUCACUGUGCGGGUUGGUGACUUCCAGAAGGUGAUUGCGGUGGUUCAGAACGGUGGCAAUGAACUGGCUAUUAUUGUCACUGUGGCAGUCUGCUGUGUGCUUCUGCUGUUGUGUACUGUCGCUCUGGUGGUAUAUUGUACUAAGAGCCGGAGGGCAGAGCGAUAUUGGCAGAAGACCCUCUUACAGAUGGAGGAAAUGGAGUCACAGAUCAGAGAGGAGAUUCGCAAAGGGUUUGCAGAGCUCCAGACAGAUAUGACUGACCUGACGAAGGAGCUGAACCGGAGCCAGGGUAUUCCUUUCCUGGAGUACAAGCAGUUCGUUACCCGCACGUUCUUCCCUAAGAUGUGUUCAGACUAUGAGAGAAGCCUGGUUCAGCCCGUGUAUAAAAAUGACCCACUGGGACCGAGAGCGCUGCCAGAAACUCACCCACUACUACAGGAAUGGCAGCCCCCCAACACCACCAGGCCCAACAUGGAGGAGGGUAUCACGCUCUUCUCUACUCUCCUCAAUAACAAGCACUUCCUCGUCACCUUUGUUCACGCGCUGGAACAGCAGAAGGACUUCGCCGUUCGAGACAGAUGCAACCUGGCCUCGCUGCUCACUAUCGCCCUCCAUGGCAAGCUGGAGUACUACACCAGCAUCAUGAAGGAGCUCCUGGUGGACCUGAUCGACGCCUCUGCCUCCAAGAACCCCAAGCUCAUGCUGCGCCGCACCGAGUCCGUGGUGGAGAAGAUGCUCACAAACUGGAUGUCCAUCUGCAUGUACGGCUACCUCAAGGAGACGGUCGGCGAGCCGUUCUUCCUGCUCCUAUGCGCCAUCAAGCAGCAGAUCAACAAAGGCUCCAUAGAUGCCAUCACGGGCAAAGCACGCUACACGCUGAAUGAGGAGUGGCUCCUCAGGGAGAACAUCGAGGCCAAGCCACUGAACAUAAAUGUGUCAUUCCAAGGCUUUGGAAUGGACUCGGUGAGUGUGCGUGUGAUGAAUACGGACACCAUCUGUCAGUUGAAGGAGAAGAUUCUAGAAGCCUUCUAUAAGAAUCUGCCCUACUCCCAGUGGCCUCGGGAAGAAGAUGUUGAAUUAGAGUGGUUUCCUGGGGUAGGCUGCAGGAGCAGAAUUCUUCAGGACCUGGACAACACCUCUGUAAUGGAGGAUGGCCGGAAGAAGCUCAACACAGUGUUUCACUACCAGAUCCCUGAGGGAGCAUCACUGGCCAUGAGCAUGAAAGACAAAAGAGAAAACACACUGGGCAGAGCCAAAGACUUGGACACAGAGAAGUAUGUUCAUCUGGUCCUACCCCAUGAUGAGCUCACAGAGAUGAAGAAGUCUCAUAGGCACAGUCACAGGAAAAAGGUGUUGCCCGAAAUUUACCUGACCCGCCUCCUCUCUACUAAGGGAACGCUGCAGAAGUUCCUGGACGACCUGUUCCAGGCCAUCCUCAGCAUCUCGCAGGACAGGCCGCCCCUGGCCGUGAAGUACUUCUUCGAUUUCCUGGAAGAGCAGGCAGACAAGCGCGGGAUCACCGAUCCAGACACGCUGCACAUUUGGAAGACCAACAGUUUGCCUCUGCGUUUCUGGGUGAACAUUCUGAAGAACCCCCAGUUCGUGUUUGACAUCGAUAAGACAGACCAUAUGGAUGCGUGUCUGUCUGUCAUAGCGCAGGCUUUUAUCGACGCAUGCUCCAUCUCUGACCUACAGCUGGGGAAGGACUCUCCCACCAAUAAGCUGCUGUAUGCUAAAGAGAUUCCAGAGUAUAAGAAGAGAGUGCAGUCCUAUUACAAGCAGAUCCAAGACAUGCCUCCCCUUAGUGAACAGGAAAUGAACGCCCACUUGGCUGAGGAGUCACGGAAAUACAGGAAUGAGUUCAACACCAAUUUAGCCCUUACUGAGAUCUACAAAUAUGCCAAGAGAUACCGCACUCAGGUGGUGAAUGCGCUGGACUCCAACCCCACCGCCAGGCGUACCCAGCUGCAGCACAAGUUUGAUCAGGUCAUUGCCCUCAUGGAAGACAACAUCUAUGAGUGCUGCAGCGAAGCCUGAGCCCUGGCCAAUCCAAAUCCUUCCUCGUCGGCUCAGGGCCAACACCCUCAGCCAAUGAAAAUGCAAACCGCAGCACAAGCAAACUGUGUAGUGAUUGACUAUAAAACAAUGGGCAUAACAAAACACAAACAAAUACAUAAAAUUAAUUAAUGAAUUAAAAAUCAAGGGAAACAAUACAAAAAAACAUUUGUUGCUAUGGCUGGCUUGGGAUUGGUAAUUGAUAUUGAUAUUGAUAUGCAAUCUAAUCUAAUUUUGCCUGUUCACAUAAGACGGACUGAUUUCGCUUCAUUUUGUAUUUGGAGGCUGUUGAAAUGUGGACAUAUGGGACCAGGAGUUCCUGCAGUUACUCCACGCACUGACCCCACUCUGGGGAAGAGCCAAUGAUGCACUGGACUGUAUAGUAAAAAAUUCCAUAGCAAUAUUUAUAGCUUUGUGUAUGAUUUUUAUAGUCAUAAGUUCAUUGUGAAAAGAAUGAGAUAUUGGAGAAUCCUCAUAGUUUGUACUGUUCAAAGGUUACAUUAAAUGGAAGGCUGCAGUGGUCAAAUCCGAUGUGUUGUCAUGCCAAUGUUACAUUUCUAUUAAUUUUUUGUGUUUAGUGUUCAAGGGGGAAAAAAAAAAAAAGAUUUGAUGGUAUUAAGACGUAAUCUUCACAGGGGUUUGAACACUGGAGCCUACAAAAGCAGUGGCUUUGAGAUUCGCAGGUUGUAGGUAUGAGGAGAACAUAGCUGCAGACUAUUUGAAAGGUUUUAGAAAAGCUUACUGGUUUAGAUUCUGAACCAAUCAUGACUAUUAUGGAUUUUUGUGUCUAAUAGUCUGCUGAGAUAGGUGUAAGUUGUAUUGUUUUUGCUUUUGUGGACAAAGAGGGAAAUUUUAUCAAAUAAACCUAUGAAAUAUACUAA